AAUUACAAAGCAAGAAUGGUAAUGAUCAAUUCAUCUAAAGAUUGAUUAUGCCCAACCAAACAUGCUAGCAUGGCCAAGUUUUCAUAUUGGCCAUCUUGCAAGUCUAGCAAACACAUUCUUGAAGCUGAGAUUUCUAAGCUUCUUUCUGCUUGACAAUCAAUCAGUUGUAGCGAGGAAGUACCUCUUUUUGGUAAACAAAAUAUUCAAACUCCUUGAACUUAGCUUUGAAGAGUUCACCAAGGCAAACCAGAUGCAUGGGCAGGUCUGGUCUAAGCCAUCUGCGUUUCUGUUACUUGGUGAAAUCCAAACACAUCCAAAUAAGCCGUUUUGUCUCCACAACUGCUUCUCAUUCUAGAGAAGAGAUCACUUCUCUCUGUUCAAAAGGGCAUAUCAAAGAAGCCUUUGCGGUACUCAAGUCUCAAAUAUGGUCAGACCCAUCUAUUUUCUCCAACUUCCUCCAAGCUUGCAUACUAAGAAAAUCACUUUCCAUGGGGAAACAGGUCCAUUCUUUGAUAAUCGCAUCUGGGUGUUCGAACACGUUUGUUUCCAAUCACCUCCUAAACAUGUACUCCAAAUUUAAAGACUUAAAAAGUGUUGCAACACUGUUUGAUAAUAUGCUUAGGAGAAAUAAGAUGUCCUGUAAUAUAAUGAUUAAUGGGUACGUACAAAGUGGUGAUUUUGAGAGUGCCCGCAAAAUAUUUGACGAAAUGCCCGAUAGAAACGUCGCGACGUGGAAUGCCAUGGUGGCUGGUUUGAUCCGGUUUGAAUUUAAUGAAGAGGGUCUUGGCCUCUUUUCAGAAAUGUAUGAGCUUGGAUUUUCGCCUGAUGAGUUCACUCUUGGUAGCAUUCUUAGGGGAUGUGCUGGUUUGAGAUCUUUAUAUGGAGGGAGGCAGGUUCACGCUUACAUAUUGAAAUGUGGGUUUGAGUUUGAUUUGGUUGUUGGGAGCUCUUUGGCUCACAUGUAUAUAAAGUCCGGUAGCUUGGAGGAAGGGGAAAAAGUGAUUGACUCUAUGCCAGCUCGAAAUGUAGUUGCCUGGAAUACACUUAUAGCAGGAAAAGCACAAAAUGGGUAUUCAGAGGAAGUGUUGGAUAACUAUAAUAUCAUGAAACUUGCGGGGUUUAGGCCAGACAAAAUCACUUUUGUUAGUGCCAUUAGUUCAUGCUCAGAAUUGGCAACACUAGGACAGGGUCAGCAGAUUCAUGCCGAGGCAAUCAAAGCUGGGGCAUGUUCAGUAGUUGAUGUGAUUAGCACAUUAGUUAGCAUGUACUCGAGAUGUGGAUGUUUGGAAGGCUCUGUGAAAGCUUUUGCGGAAAGCAAAGAUGUGGAUUCUGUGCUGUGGAGCUCUAUGAUUGCUGCUUAUGGGUUUCAUGGUCGAGGAGAAGAAGCAAUCAAAGUUUUAGAAAGGAUGGAGGAUGAAGGAGUUGAGUUAAAUGAUGUUACUUUCUUAAGCUUGCUUUAUGCUUGUAGUCAUUGCGGGAUGAAGAAUAAAGGGAUGGAGUUCUUUGACAUGAUGGUGGAGAAGUAUGGAUUCAAGCCUAAACUAGAGCACUAUACGUGUAUAGUUGAUCUACUUGGACGCUCUGGCUGUUUAGAGGAAGCAGAGGCUAUGAUAAGGUCAAUGCCUGUUAAAGCAGAUGCUAUCAUAUGGAAAACUUUGUUAUCAGCGUGUAAGAUACACAAGAAUGCAGACAUGGCGAUUCAGGUUGCUGGAGAAGUUCUCAAGGUUGAUCCACAUGAUUCAGCUUCUUAUGUGCUACUCUCUAACAUUCAUGCUUCUGCGAAAAGGUGGAAGGAUGUAUCUGUGGUGAGGAAGACCAUGAGGGACAACAACAUUAAGAAGGAACCAGGUAUAAGCUGGCUGGAAAUUAAGAAUCAAGUUCAUCAGUUCUGUAUGGGUGAUAAAGCUCAUCCAAAAUCAAUGGAAAUUGAUUUGUAUCUGAAGGAACUAACUGCUGAGAUGAAGUUGCGAGGUUACACGCCUGAUACUGGAUGUGUUUUGCAUGAUAUGGAUAUUGAGGAGAAAGAGAACAACUUGACACAUCACAGUGAGAAAUUGGCGAUUGUUUUUGCCUUAAUGAACACUAGCGACAGUACACCGAUAAGGGUGAUGAAGAAUUUGCGUGUAUGUGAAGAUUGUCACGUUGCCAUUAAAUACAUAUCUCAGAUAAAAAACAGAGAAAUUAUUGUACGUGACACUAGCAGAUUUCAUCACUUCAAAAAUGGGAGUUGUUCUUGUGGAGAUUACUGGUAAGGAGAGGUAUGCCACACUCUUACAGACUACAGUCAAUGGGAUUUUUUUGUGAUUAUUAUUUAAUAUGAUUAUCAUAUUGAAAUUUUUUAUUCAGUUUCUGUACUGAGAUCGCACAUUCUUGAAAGAAGAGGGAACUAUUUUAUCUGUAGCUAAAGAGAAACUUGAGACCAUUAGUUGCCUGAACUGUUUUGCUCUGAGAUUGUUCCUUAUUUUAGAAUACAGAAGCAAGUUGGUGUACGUCAAUCCAUUUGGUAAAAAAGAGUUCUUUACCAAAACUGUGUAGGCUAAUAACGAAGAUUUUCAGAUUCUCAAUUUUUUUUGCCUAUAAAUGAUUGUCUCGUACCAAUAUUUGUGAAAUGAGUUGAGUUGUUGUAAGAAUAUGUUACUUAUUCAUAUAUAUACACACACUUAAAUCACCAAAAACUAGCUGUCAAAUUGUUGCAGGAGCAUAAUUUUUAAGUGUGGUCGUUUUUUCUUAUUUGUUGUCGUUUUCUUUUUGAUUGGUUAUAGUU